AACAAAUGUCAUUGUUUGCAUGUUAGCAAACCAAAGGUUUCAGGUUGCUCUGUGUAAGACAGAUGGCAUUGUGAUCGAGCUCAGCUGGGCCACGUGGGAAAAUGCAGGAUUUCCAUGAUGGUAAUGAUGAACCUUGUCAUUAGAAAGUCUUCAUGCUUCCUGGCUUGGCAUUGUACAGGAGAUGUUAAUGUGAGAUUUUUGUUUGUCAAUGAGCAAAUAUAAAUAGCAGAAAAAUGAAUGCAGUAAUAAGUCUUCAGUGGUGAUAAGCUGAGGCUUUCUUUUCCAGACAAUGGAUGACGUCUUGGUGAGCACCUUCUUUUUGUUGUGAGACAUGAUAGGAAGCUCAGGAAAAGUGCUCGUAGCCCUGGUGAGGUGCAGGGACUGGGCCAGGAGAAGAAAGCGAGCUUCUGUAGACCAGAUCCUCACUGCACGGGCCAUCUCCAGGCUGGGUCUUCUCUGGGUAGCCAUUUUAAGUGUGGUAACGCUUUUCCUGUGCCCAGCUUUGAAAAGUUCUUGGCGUACAUUAAGAACCACUAAUGUCAUCUGGGUAGUGGCCAAUCACUUCAGACUCUUCUCUUACCUCAAGAUGGCCAAUUUUUCCUCCAUCUAAUGGAAGGUUGAAAGAGUGGUUUCAAUGGCACAGCUGGUGUCUCCGAUCUUCUUGGUUUUAAAUAUUGUAUUUGCUGACAAAGGCGUCGAUAUCUGCAUCACUGGGUCUAUGACUUACAAUUCCAGUCUAGAGAACUCCACACAGAUUCCCACUGUCGUCUCGCUCAGUAACUCUGGGUUCCUGCUCCUUCCUUUUACCGUGUCCCUGACAACGUUUCUCCUGCUGGCCUUCUCUCUAUGCAAACACCUCAGGAGGAUGCAGCACAGCACCCUUGGAUCCAGAGACACCAGCACUGUAGCCCACAUCCGAGCCCUGCAGACAGUCAUGUCCUCUCUGCUCCUGAACACUGUGUUCCUACUCUCCCUUGUUACAGUGUUUCAGAGCUUUAUGUUUCUGGGGAGCGAUGUGGUCGUUUGGAUUGAUCAGGGUUCUGCAGCGGCUUUCCAUUCCUGGCACUCGCUCGUCUUGAUUCCUGAAAACAAGAAGCUGAGACGGACCUCUCUGUCGGUGCUGUGGAGGCUGAGGUCCAGGGCCAAAGGCCUGGAACUCUUAGGACCUUUCUGAAUUUCAGGGAUCAGUGUGCAUAUGAUGGAGAAAAUCAAUUUGUAGUGAACUGUUUCUGUGGUCUGUGUCUGUAUGAAUUUUACAAAUUGUGUGCUUAGAUUAAGAGUAGCCAAACACACCUCAACCCUUGAGACGUAUCUAUGCUACAAGAUACACAGAGGAAUAUCAGUGCAGAAUUCUUACAGGGAACAGUUCCCUAUGGUCACAGACACUGAGUUUUGUGUGCAUCUUCAACCUGAGAAACUAACAAUAUGCAAGAUCUGUGUAUAUGCCUGCCUAUGAGACAUAAAAACCAGAUUCAUAUAGUUCUAUGCAAAUAAAAGUAAACUUUAUAUAUACAACAUUCCAAAACCUUUAGAUUAGAAGCAGAGAGUAAAACAAGACUGUUGGAAAUCUAACAUUCUAAAUGUAUGACUUCAAAUAAGUCUCAAUUUAGUAAUAUUGUAAAAAUUCCCAAGAAUGAUUAGCCUUGCUUUCUUUCAAAUAAAAAAUUUGCUAUCAUAGAAGCCUCAAAUUCAAUAAUUCUCAGAAGGCAUAUAUCAUUAUUGAUAUAUCAUUAUUAGAUGUAAUAGAUAUAGUAGAUAUUACAUUGGGAAGUAGAUCCGAUUUCUCAUUUUUUUUGUGUUGUACCACAACGUGUUUUAGCUUAUUUUGGGCAUAGAUAGAUUGAACACAGGAUUUUAUGCGUGUUAGGCCAUCGCUACACCACUUGAGCUGUGCUUCUGGCCCUUUCUGAUCCAGGUGUUUUUGACAUCAGAUCUUGCUUUUUUUCCUGGCCCAGCCUGGAUUUGAUCCUUGUCUUUACACUUUCUGCUGUGAGCUCUGCUUCUUAGUGCCUGUGGACAGUAUGUCCUGCUGAUGAUCGCAUAGUCUUGUCACUGAGAGUGUAGUGAAGUGUUCCUCAGAAAGAAGUAAGGCUGGUUGUUCAGUGUGUCUUGAAAAACAUCUUUUUCCUUAGAUGUCAAAAGUGUGUUCAAAGUAAUACUACUAAAACGUAUGGGUGAGAAGAGAAUUAUAAUCAUAUAUUUGCUUUAAUUUCUGCAAGAUCAGAUGGAUGAUUCAGAGUUCGGUUUUGCUUCUUUUUGAAGUAACGGUAUAGGUGCCUAUAGAAUUAUGCAAAUAGGUCAACCACUAUAGAUAAUGAUGGUUUUGUUGUUGUUUUGAGACAGUGUCUCAUGCAUGAUGUGGCCUCCAACUCUGUCUUCCUGCCCGAGCCUUCUGAACGGUGGAAAUUGUGGUUGAUUUGACACAGUGAUUAUAUAACAGCUUCCAGGACUAAAACAUAGCUAUUAGUUGUACUAAAACUUCUUCUGAAUCAA